CCGGCGCGCCUCGCUGUGGUCCCUGCGGCUGGCGGCCGAGCCUUGUGCCUCCGCCAUAUUGUCUGUGUGCGGCGGCGGGGAGGCGGCGAGCGCGGCGGCCGCGGCAGUUUGAAGAAUCUGAGGCCCAUCUGAGGCCUUUAUCCCGAUUCCAACAUUGGAAUUCUGGUAGCCUCUGAUUUCAGACGUCUCCUUUCCAUCUGCCAACCUGUCUGAUAUGUCGGGACCCGUGCCGAGCAGGGCCAGAGUUUACACUGAUGUAAACACACACAGACCCCGGGAGUACUGGGACUAUGAGUCGCAUGUUGUUGAGUGGGGAAAUCAAGAUGACUACCAACUAGUUCGAAAAUUAGGCCGAGGCAAAUACAGUGAAGUAUUUGAAGCCAUCAACAUUACAAAUAAUGAAAAAGUAGUUGUUAAAAUUCUCAAGCCUGUAAAAAAGAAGAAAAUCAAGCGUGAAAUCAAGAUCUUAGAGAAUUUGCGAGGUGGUCCGAAUAUAAUCACUCUUGCAGAUAUAGUAAAAGAUCCUGUGUCCCGGACACCUGCUUUGGUUUUCGAACACGUAAACAACACAGACUUUAAGCAAUUAUACCAGACAUUAACAGAUUAUGAUAUUCGAUUCUACAUGUAUGAGAUUUUGAAGGCUCUAGAUUACUGCCAUAGCAUGGGAAUCAUGCAUAGAGAUGUCAAACCUCACAACGUCAUGAUUGACCAUGAGCACAGAAAGCUUAGACUAAUAGACUGGGGUUUGGCUGAAUUCUAUCACCCUGGGCAAGAGUACAAUGUCAGAGUGGCUUCCCGAUAUUUCAAAGGACCUGAGCUCCUUGUAGAUUAUCAGAUGUAUGAUUACAGUCUGGAUAUGUGGAGCUUGGGUUGCAUGUUGGCUAGUAUGAUAUUCCGAAAGGAGCCAUUUUUCCAUGGCCAUGACAACUAUGAUCAGCUGGUGAGGAUAGCCAAGGUACUGGGAACAGAAGAUCUGUAUGACUACAUCGACAAAUACAACAUUGAACUGGAUCCACGUUUCAAUGACAUCUUGGGCAGACACUCCCGUAAGCGAUGGGAGCGCUUUGUUCACAGUGAGAACCAACAUCUGGUAAGUCCAGAAGCUCUGGAUUUCUUAGACAAGCUGUUGCGAUAUGAUCACCAGUCACGACUCACAGCAAGAGAAGCCAUGGAACACCCCUACUUCUAUCCCAUCGUGAAAGACCAGGCUCGGAUGGGCUCAUCCAACAUGCCAGGUGGCAGCACUCCUGUCAGCAGUGCCAGCAUGAUGUCAGGGAUCUCUUCAGUGCCAACACCUUCACCCCUUGGACCCCUAGCAGGCUCACCCGUCAUUUCUGCCACCACCACUCUGGGGAUGCCAGUUCCAGCUGCUGCAGGAGCUCAGCAGUAGUGAUGGGUUUUGUCUCCUGCUGCCUGAGCUGAGUCAGGUGGGGAAGGAAGAGGUUUCCCCUCCACCUCUCCUCAGGACGCAGCUCGUGCCUGGCAGGGGAAGGGAGGGGAUGGAACGCUUUGGAGGCACCGUGUCUGAACUGUUGCUUGUGGAUUUAUAGUAGUUCAGUCAUUAUAUACAAAAUUAUUAUAGGCUGAUUUUUCUUUUUUUACUUGAACUUUUCGUAACUCAGGGGAUUCCCUGAAAAUACCUACAGAUGGAAUAUUUCUCGGACAGUUUCCCCCCCGUCCCCCCCCCAAAAAAAGUACUCUUCAUUUAAGAACAAAGAUGAAUCAACAGCAUUUCCAAGCUAUUGCAUCCUGCUGGAAAUAUCUUCUCUUCAUGUUCCCACCAUUACUCCUCCACCAGCCUGCACCUUGGGGGAUUGUGCUGUUCUCCAGAGACCACCAAACCAAGUUUUCAUGAGGCAGGGGAGCGGGAUUCUUAAAGUGCCAGUCACUUUAACCCCAUAUCCUGCAUAUGACUCAGCUAGGGUACACUGAGGAGACAAUUCCAGUAUGGAGAGGUGGUAUAAACUUAAAAGAAGUGCAGAUAAUGUCUAAAACCCUAUUUUGAUUGAAUCAUGUCUCCUUAGGAGCCAACCAGAAUGCCAACUCACUCCCUUGCAUGUAAUUUUAGUCUUAACACAUAAAGUUACUGAUCCAAUUGAAGUCCUUGCCAUUUCCUGAUAAAGGUGCUCCUCUAGAGUAAGCCAUACUCUAAUUAGUACCUUUUUCAUGGAGGGUUCUUCCUGCCAUUGCUUGGCUUGGAUCUCUGGAAUUAGUUUGUUAUUGGGUAUAUUGUUUUUAAAUUGUUCAUAUAGGUUUCAAGCUGGUGGCUACUUAAAGCUGGAAAAAUCAGACUGCGCCAAGUCAGAUAUUACAUCUUCACCCACCAUCCUCUCCCUCACGUGCCAUGUGGUGAGAAUACCAGUUACCUCACAGUCUUGUAAAUAUGCACUGAGAGGAAGGAGUGAGCAGACUUUAACUUAAACUGAAAUGGUAGAUCAGUAAUUGUGGACAAAUAUCAUCAUUGACAACAAAAACACCCUUGUUACAGCCCUGCUACCCCUUGCUGUGUAUAUAUACUUUUGUCCUUCAUAUGUGAAAGAUCCAGUGUUGGAAUUCUUUGGUGUAAAUAAACAUUUGGUUUUAUUUAUCGA